AUGAACAACUUUCUUUGUUUUGGCAAGAAAUUGCAACAUCUUUGUAGUUGUUCAUUUCUCAAACUAGCCUGUCUUAGCAAAUCCAUGGGUUUUCUACUUGUAUGUUAUUAUCGGUUCGUCCUCCGUAGGGCAAAGCCAUUUUGGAUCGAGCUAGUCUAUUUUGUCACCCUCUCCUUUCUUGGUUUUGGGGUUCUCAAGGCUUUGAAGUCAAGAACAGAUCCUUCUUUUCGGCCUAGGAAUUUAGAUUUGUUUUUCACCUCUGUCUCUGCCUCAACUGUUUCUAGCAUGUCUACUGUUGAAAUGGAGGUUUUCUCCAAUGCUCAGCUCAUCAUUUUAACCAUUUUGAUGUUCAUAGGUGGGGAGGUCUUUACCUCCAUGGUUGGACUUCAGCUGUGGAAGUUCAAGCUCAUGCUACUAACAAAAGAAAAAGUUGCUUCAGCCAGCAGUGAUAUUAAUCCUUCAUCAACACCCACAAAUAAUAUUGUUUCUUAUCAUGUUGAAUUGGGCUCAUUGGCAUCCAAGCCUGAAUUCCAAGACUUAAAUUUGGGUGUGGUGGUUUAUGAUCAGGACCAAAUUGAUAAACAAUUAGAUGGUGAAUCUUUGAAGUUUAAUUCAAUCAAGUUUUUGGGUUGUGUGGUUGUAGGUUAUCUUUUAGUGAUUCAUGGUCUUGGGGUGCUAAUGGUUUCACUUUAUCUAGCAGUUAUUUCAAGUGCAAGAAAUGUACUAAAAAACAAGGGGCUAAACAUGCACACAUUCUCUUUCUUCACCACAGUUUCAACCUUCUCAAGCUGUGGCUUUGUUCCAACCAAUGAAAACAUGAUGGUCUUCAGCAAAAACUCAGGCCUCCUCCUCAUUCUCAUUCCUCAAGUCCUUUUGGGCAACACAUUGCUUCCCUCAUGCUUGAGAUUUUCGAUUCGGGUUUUGGGGAAAAUUUUCAAAAAGAAAGAACACUUAUGUAAUUACCUUUUGAAGAACACAAGGAAACUUGGGUUCCUCCACUUGCUUCCAAGUCUCCAUUCUUCACUUUUGGUUGUCACAGUUUUCGGGUUCAUCAUGGUACAGUUGGUAGCAUUUUUGUCCUUGGAGUGGAGUUCAGACAGCUUAAGUGGCCUGAAUUCUUACCAGAAAAUCAUUGGCGCUUUGUUUCAAAGUGUGAAUUCAAGACAUACCGGUGAAACUAUUGUCGACCUCUCGAUCAUUUCUCCGGCCAUCUUGGUAUUAUUCGUCUUGAUGAUGUACCUUCCUCCUUACACUUCGUUCCUUCCCAUAAAAGAUGAUGAUCAAAAUCCUCUACAACCUCAUGAAAGGAGGAAAACGAGAAGGGGAAAGGUUGUGGAGAAUCUCAUAUUCUCACAGCUCUCGUAUCUGGCCAUCUUUAUCAUCCUAGUAUGCAUAACUGAGAGGAAACAGAUGAAGGAAGAUCCCCUCAAUUUCAAUGUGUUGAAUAUCGUGAUUGAAGUCAUCAGCGCUUAUGGAAAUGUAGGGUUUACUACUGGCUAUAGUUGUAAACGACAGAUCCAUCCUAAUGGCGAUUGCCAGGAUAAAUGGUAUGGAUUUUCAGGAAGAUGGAGCGAUCAGGGUAAAUUAGUUCUCAUAGCAGUUAUGUUUUUCGGAAGACUUAAAAAAUUCAAUAUGGAUGGAGGUAGAGCAUGGAAGCUUCUGUAA